AUGGCAACAAUACCACUGUGGCCGGCAGGGCUAGCUGUUGCAGCUCUUUUGGUCUUGUACCGGGUUCUAUACAACGUUUUCCUCCACCCGCUGCGAAAGUUCCCCGGGCCCUUGCUGGCUGGGGCAACGUCGGGUUGGAAGGCUUACAAGGAGGUCAUCAAGCGGGAGACACUGGCCCAGGAGCUCUUUGAUCUUCACAGACGAUACGGUGACAUUGUUCGCAUUGCUCCGAACGAGCUCCAUUUUGGAAACCCAGGUGCAUUCCACGACAUCUACCACGGGAGCAAACGAUGGGACAAGGAUCCGGGUCUCUACCGAACCCCCGGAGUCAAGACCGGAUCCUUUGUAUUUCUAAAGUAUAGCCAGGCCAAGGAACGCAGGGAGGUGCUGCUGCCCAUCUUUUCCAAGAAGGCUAUCCAGAGCCUCGAGCACCUCGUCUGGCAAAAUGCCACGCGCCUUGCAUCUUCCAUCGCAAGGGCCGACGCAACGCAAAGCUCCAUCGACCUGCUCUACGCGUUCCGCUCCUACACGCUCGACACCAUCAUGUGCUUCACCUUCGGCAACUGCGUCAACGCGCUGGCCGCGCCGGCGUUCCGAGACCCCCUUAUCCUGGCCAUGGACGCCAGCCUGCCCAUGCUGCCGGUGCUGAAGAACUUCCCCCUGAUCCGUAACCUCAUCUACGCCGUGCCCCCGAGUCUGGUUAUGCGCGUCCUGCCCGAUGCCGAGCGGCUGGCCCCGCGGCUGUACCAGGUCCGCGACCUCAUCCAGCAGCAGCUGCGCGUCGUGCUGCAGUGCCCGUCGAAGCUCGACGACGCGUCCCACCAGACCAUCUUCCACCGCAUGCUGGACCCGCAGGCGUACCGGAGCAAGGCGGUGCCCAACAUGACGGCCUUGCACGACGAGGGCUUCACGCUGAUAUUUGCGGGCGCCAACACGGUGGCUGACACGCUGCUCAUGGGCCACUGGCACACGAUGCAAAAUCCCGACCUCGUCGCGCGGCUGAGGCGCGAACUUGUUCCCGUCUGGCCGGACCUCGACACGCCGCCGUCCCUCAAGGAUCUCGAGGCCCUCCCGCUCCUAACGGCCACCAUCAAGGAGUCCCUGCGCUUUAUCCCCUCGGGCGUGUCGCUGACGCGCAUCGUCCCCCCCGGCGGCGCAACGAUAGCGGGCCAACAGAUCCCCGGCGGCGCGGCAGUCGGCAUGGCAAUCCUGCACGUGCACCAGUCCGCCGAGGUCUGGGGCGACGACGUCCUUGACUUCAGGCCGGAGCGGUGGCUGGAGGGCCGAGACCAAGCAGAGGCCGGGGAGCAAGGAACCCCCGGUCACAGGAAAGACCUGGACCACUGGCUCGUGCCCUUCAGUCGAGGGCCGCGCAUGUGCUUCGGCGUAAAUCUAGCCUGGGCCGAGCUGUACAUUGCCUUUGCAACCAUGAUUCGGCGCUUCGAUCUGGCCAUCGACGGCACGACGCCCGAGGAUAUGGAGUGGCGGGAGUGCAUCGCGGCGUACUAUCCAAGGAGGCACUUGCAUGCGUGGUGCCACCCGGUACGGUCGUGA